ACCUUCUCGGUCCACCAAUGGCCGGCGAUGGCGCGAGCACUCCCCGCUACCUUAAUGCGUUAGUGAGGUGAUUGCUGCUUCCCCUCCCCGCCGCCUGACAUUUUUUCCUCGUCCUGUCAUACAUCCACUGCCUCGCCCGUACGACUUCAGGCUCGGUCAUUGCAUUCCUACACCUUGGCCGAUCGUCCGAGCUAUUCAAUCUAAUCGACAAAGCUUGCGGGGAUCUCACAGCCGCUUGAAAGAUCUAUCAACAUGGCCGAGGAAAUCCAGCAGAAAAAUAAUGACCACUUGGUCCAGUCGGCUGACCCCGAGCACCCCGCCAACAAGAUCCCUGACCUUUGUCGCCGGUUCUACAACUGGGGUUGGGUCACCGGCACCGGUGGUGGGACCUCCAUUCGCCAUGGCGACCAUAUCUUCAUUGCUCCUUCCGGUGUGCAGAAGGAGAUGAUGCAACCCGACAACAUCUUCGUGCUUGAAUUCCCUACGCCCAAGUACCCUCCUUCGGAUCGCAAGUAUAUCCGCAAGCCGCUCAACCUGAACCCCUCCGCAUGCACGCCACUGUUCCUUACGGCCUUUGAGCAGGGAGCUGGCUGCUGUAUCCACACCCAUUCUCAGUGGGCAGUUCUGGUGACGCUCCUGGUUGAGCGCGAGAAGGGUCCGGACGCCUGCUUCGAGAUCAGCAACAUUGAACAGAUCAAGGGUAUUCCCCGGGGCAAGGGAAAGGGCAUGCUCGGUUUCUUCGAUACGCUUAGCAUUCCGAUCAUUGAGAACACUGCGUUCGAGGAAGACCUCACUGGAAGCUUGGAGAAGGCCAUGGAGAAAUACCCUGACACUUAUGCUGUCCUGGUGAGGAGACAUGGAAUCUACGUUUGGGGAGAUAACGUCGCCAAGGCCAAGACCCAGUGCGAGAGUCUGGACUACAUCUUCCAGCUUGCUGUGGAGAUGCACAAGCUUGGUCUCCCAUGGGUGAAAUAAAUACUCAUAAAGAAUAUUUGGCCUGUACAUCUGUCUGCGUGCUGCCUGUGUCGUAUGACGCUCGCAGUUUGAGGUCUCUUUUUCCGGAGACAGCCUAACUAUGAUGACGAUAUGUAUGAAACAAAUACUACACUACUACACGAAAUACUCGCAGAAACAAUAUUAUUCAGUAGAAUGCUGGGGCUGGGAAACCAAAGUAACAUGCAAUCGGGGAAUGCGCU